AUGUCUGCAUCGGACCGGCUGGUGCUGGUGCUGGGUGGCGCUGGCACGGUCGGGUCGGGGAUCGUCAAGGCGCUGCUGGAGAAAGGUUUCCACGUUGCCGUCAUUUCCCGAGAUGGAAGCAGACUGGAGAAGCUGAGGAGUUUUUUGCCGGCAUCCACCUGCGACCACCUGCACACACUCGUUGGCAACGUAGGGUCUGAAGAAGGAGCCGCAGCUGCCCAAGGGGCCCUGCUGAACAGCGUUGGGAAGGUGACGGACGUGGUGUCCUCGUUGGGCUUCAGCUGGUGGCAAGGGGGCCCCCCUCACACCCAGUCACUCCAGGAGCUGCACCAGGUCCUGGACACCCUGCUGCUGAGCACGUUCACGGCUUGGAAGGCGUUCUUUCCCCUGGUCAAGGACAACCCCAACGGAUCCUACACCUUCAUUACAGGAGGGGCCGGUGAGCGUCUCCUCAAGCCGGGCACAGGCUUCCUGACACUGGGGGCCGCAGGGGCGCUGGCUUUCUCACUCGUGGUGCGGGAGGAGUACCCAGAUGUUCCCUGCAAGCUGAAUGAGGUGAAGCUUAACAUGGGCGUGACCACGCCGGAGCGCCUGGGCCCAGGCUACGUGAGCCACCUGGAGGUGGGCCAGGCCGUGGCCUCACUGGUGGAGAAGAGAACCGUCUCGCACACAGUGCUGAGCGCCAACUCGCCGGCUGACCUGAAGACCCUGGCGAGAGAGGGGAAGUUCUGAGGCACCAGCCGGGACACCUUCCUGCUGCAACCCACCUGUAGGCCCUCCCACUCUGUGCUGAUCCUCUCUGUGUCUGGGGGCCCUGGCUGGGGAGGGAACGGGGGUGCCACUGCCCUGGCGUGGGUGAUGGACGGGCAGCCGGGCUGCUUCUGCUCCGCCCGGUCCACCAUCAGCGUCAUGCGAAGGGCGCCCGUUUAAAGCAGGGGUGCGGAACGUCAGGCCCAGACGCAGCCCAUCUGGAGCUCCCCAGAGGUCCAUCGCCCCUUUCUCUCUCUCAAAACCUCCGAGCCCAUGGCGGUUCCUGAAAUCUUGCACGUCCUCCCCAUUCCAGAAGCUUGAAAUGCCUCCCCUGAGGCCGAGUUAUUGGCAGGAACAGCUGGAAGCUAAAAUAUGGGGGUAGUUUUGGGUCUGCCCCAUUGGCCUUUGCCCCCUGAGAACUUCUCCGAAACUGAAUUUGUGCCGAAAGAGGUUCAACACCCAUCAUCCCCAGACAGCAUGGUUGAGUUGACCGGAGUUGUAGUCCAACAUAUCAGCUGGGGAAAGGCUGCGCUAAGGGCUUACGGUCUACACUACAACAGGGCUAAGGGGCAGAGAGACUCAGCCACACUAGCUGAGGAAGGGGAGAGGGUGGCUGGGCGCGCAGGUGGCCAUGCUCCGGGUGGGGUGGGGGCUUUUGCAGGAGGAGAAGGCCGUCCGCCAAGUCCCCUUUGCAUAUCUGAGAAACACACCUGGCUGCUGAAUCCUCCCCCUUCCCUCUUGCGCUCACCAUCCCUGGCCGCCUUCUGCCUCAACAGGUAAAUGUAGUAGCUCCUAAAGCAGAACCAGGAGCCGCCUUGGGAGAGAUGGACCCUCUACCUCCGGCACAGCCCUCCCGGUCUCCUUUGCAGGCUCCCCUAUAUCCCGUUCUAUGGAGAGCAAACGACCCCUGCCUGCCAGGCCUCGUCCCGCCCGCAGCCCUGCCUUUGGGAAUCCAGCCAGGAGCCCUGCGUCUUCCUGCCCUGCGAGACGGCGGUGGUCGU